UUGGGUUAUGUUCGAAUUUGUCGCAGUCAAAAGGCACCAGCUUAUCAUCGACUCUGCGCUGCUACAAAAUUUAUGAAAACAUUUCACACUGAACAACAAAUUGUAUCGCUCUCGGCUGACACAAGAAUGUCAAAUUUAAUAGUGGCUAGUUCUGGAAACUGAAACCCCAUAGAAAUCCUGUUGCAUGACAUAAAAGAUGACCUUAAAACGGAUCGCGCGGGUGUUGUGCAGAUGCCCGCAGAUUGGCCGCCAGCUCAUCGCACGGCGGGCUCUCGCCUUGGGCUUGUGGCGCCCCAUGGUCGACGCAGUCCAGGCGAUGCAGGCCGUAAGUGCGAAGGCUGGAAGGAGGCGAGAUGCAAAAUGCUGUGCAUGGUUUUUUAGGUCCUUAAGGCACUCCUGUGACUCGUCAUUGGCUUAUGUGGCGCACCGACACUACUCGACGGAUCAGAAGACCUCAACGCAGAUACUGUCAAAGCUCUUUCCCCAGACCAGCGUGGAGUUCAGCGAGCAGGAGACUUGCGAGCAGCGCCAGCGCGACGAGGAGGAGGAGCUUAGGGAAAUGGAGCGUGCCUGGAAGCGGAUGCAGCAUGGCUUCGGACUCUUUAGUGUGGGAGGUAUACUCUUCUCCCUCUGGGCCAUUUAUUACUUUGGCCAGCCGGCCUUCGACGAACAGGGAAACGAAGUCUUUGACGAGUUCAGCAGUUUGCCGCAGAUGCAACAAUAUAUGGCGCGAAGCUGGAAGUCUGCAAACCAAUUCCAGCGAUUUAUCCAGGAGCCAUCGAGCCGGAAGCUGCUUCCGGACCCCUUACAACCACCCUACGUCCAGCCAGCCUACACUCUGGUGCUAGAGAUCAAAGACCUGUUAGUGCACCCGGACUGGACCUACGAAACAGGCUGGCGCUUCAAAAAGCGUCCCGGCGUUGACCUUUUCCUAGAGGAGUGCGCCAAGCAUUUCGAAAUCGUUGUCUACACCGCAGAGCAAGGGACCACGGUGUUCCCGAUACUCGAAGCCCUGGAUCCCAAGGGCUAUAUUAUGUAUCGCCUGGUUCGGGACUCGACGCACUUCGUUGAAGGGCACCAUGUGAAAAAUCUGGACAACCUCAACCGAGACCUCAAGCGAGUGGUGGUCGUGGACUGGGAUAGAAACGCCACCAAGUUGCAUCCCUCAAACUGCUUUGCGAUUCCCCGCUGGGCAGGAAACGACGAUGACACGACCCUCUUUGAUCUUGUGGCGUUCCUCCGUGUCCUGAGCACCAACGGCGUCGAUGAUGUCCGCGAGGUGCUGCAGUAUUACGGUCAGUUCAAGGAUCCCAUAUCACAGUUUCGGGAAAACCAGCGAAAGCUCGAAGAGCAAAUGCAGGCUGACGAACUGGAGAAGAGCUAUAAGUCAAGGCCGGUUGUUAAGAAUUGGGCCCGUGGCUUCAAAGCGUAGGGCUUUGAGUCUCUUUUGUUUUUUUU